AUGGCAUCCCAAUGGCCGAAAGAGCCCGUGACCUCGAUUGUCAACGGCCACAUCGAAUCCCACUUCUCCAAAUCCACCAACACCUGGACGACCCCCAAAUUCAUUCGCGACCCCUACCUCCGCAUCCACGGCUUCGCCCCGGGUCUCAACUACGGCCAGCAAACCUUCGAAGGCCUCAAAGCCUUUCGCGCCCCGGACGACAAAACCAUCAACAUUUUCCGUCCGCAGCAGAAUGCCGAACGCCAACAAUGGAGUUCCGGCUUCAUCUCCAUCCCCGAGGUCCCCACCGAGCAUUGGUUGGAAUGUGUAAGGAUGGCCGUGAGUCUGAACAGCGAGUUCGUUCCGCCUCAUCGGACAGGGGCGGCGAUGUAUAUUCGUCCUUUAGUUUUCGGCUCGAGUGCGCAAUUGGGAUUAAAUCCAACGGAGGAGUAUACCUUCGUCGUCUACGUCUUACCAACAGGAGUCUACCACGGCUCCCACCCCGUCGCCGCGCUAAUCCUAGAGGACUUCGACCGUGCGGCGCCAGAGGGCACCGGGUCGGCGAAGAUCGGAGGGAAUUAUGCUCCUGUUCUGCGGCAUAGUCAGCGGGCUUAUGCGGAGGGGUUUGGGAUUACGUUGCAUCUUGAUAGUAAGACACGGACGGAGAUUGACGAGUUCUCUACUUCGGCUUUCAUUGGGGUUAAAGGGAGCCCGGAGAAGGGGUGUACGCUCGUGGUGCCGGACAGUAAGAACGUGAUCAAGUCGGUGACGGGGAUAAGUGUCUGUGAAAUCGCGCAGAGUUUUGGCUGGACAGUGGAGAAGCGGUCGAUCAAGUACGAGGAACUGUCUUCCUUUGACGAGGUGAUCGCGGCAGGGACCGCGGCGGCCCUGGUCCCGAUCAAGAGUAUUACGAUGAGGAGUCGGAAUGACACUUUCAAGUAUAAUGGCGGGAGUGAGGAGGCCGGGCCGGUGGUGGUGAAGCUUUUGGCGCAGUUAAAGGGGAUUCAGGCGGGGAAGGUAAAGGAUGAGUUUGGGUGGUGUGAUCGGGUGAGGGAGUAUAGGGAGGGGGAGUAUGAGGUUGAGGAACCCGGGAAGGUGGAGGGGAAGGCGAAUGGGAGUGUGAUGCCUACUCAGUUGCCAUGA